AUGUACCAAACUCUCCACAAAUGGGAUGAAGCAUUGGAACUGGCAAAGGCUACGAAUUACGGUGGCUAUGAGCAGUUGAAGGCAAAUUAUUACAGAGCUCUUUUCGAUACAGGACAAGAUGCAAAAGCUGCAGAAAUCAAAAUAGCAGAUGGCGACGUUGCGGGAGCUGUGAAUCUGUAUUUGAAAGCCAAACAGCCGGUGCAAGCUCUAUCAACUGCGCUUACGGAUCCGGCAUUAGCUAAAGAUGAUCAGUUGAUGUCAUCUAUAGCUGCUCAACUGAUGCAAUCGCAAAUUUUUGACAAGGCUGGAGAAUUAUAUGAACAUAUGAAAGAUUUCGAAAAAGCUUUGGAAUGUUAUGUAAAUGGAAAAGCCUUCAACAAAGCAAUUCAGCUGGCACGAUUUUCGGCUCCUGAGCAAGUGGUGAAACUUGAAGAGGAUUGGGGUGACUAUCUAGUAUCUAUGGGACAACAUGAAGCCUCCAUAAAUCAUUUCCUGGAAGCGAAUAGUUUGACAAAAGCUGCAGAAGCAGCUAUACAAGCAAAGGAAUGGAGCAAAGCCGUACAAAUUGCUGAUGUUAUCCAAGAUCCACAAGUUUCCAGUGAUUUCUACGGACGUAUCGCUGCGCAUUAUGCAACCACUGAAGAACUUGACAGAGCUGAACGUCUGUAUUUGGAAGCAAAUCUCCAGAAGGAAGCUAUUGCGAUGUAUAUAAAACACAAUCAUUGGGCUGAUGCCUACAGGUUAUCUGAAGAAUUCCUUGGCAAAGAGGAAACAUUUGCUCUAUAUGAGGCUAAAGCUGAAGAAUUGGAGCAGCAGGGACGUUACGCGGAUGCAGAACAGCUUUACGUCUCGAUUGGAAUGUCAAACCGAGCUGUAAUGAUGUACAGAAAUGCAGAACGAAACGAUGAUGUGAUCCGGCUGGUUGAACAGUACCACGGAGAACAUCUGCAGGAUACACAUAAACGGCUAGGAAUGGAGCAUGAAGAACGUGGAGACUUACGUCUUGCUGAGGAGGAGUACCUAAAAGCUGGAGAUGUUAAGGCAGCUAUAAAUAUGUAUAGAGAAAAGGAAAUGUGGACAGAUGCGUAUCGUUUGGCAAGAAGUGAAGGCGGCGAACAGGAACAGAAACAGGCAAAAUACAAUAGAAACAAUAAAAAUCAAUAA